UAAACUUGGUUUUUUUUUUUCUAUCUAUCUAUCUAUCUAUCCUUCUUUCUUUUUUUCUUUCUUUCUUUCUUACCUUUGAUUGUUUUAAAAUAUGGCAGACGAAGAAGUUCAAGAUAAGCCCAUAAAGAGAUGGGUUCCUCUUGAGGCUAAUCCUGAAAUUUGGAAUAAGAUUAUUCAUAAAUGUGGUGUUGAUUCAUCAUACAACUAUGUUGAUGUUUAUGGAUUUGAGCCUGAAUUAUUGGCCAUGAUUCCUACACCUGUUGAGGCUAUGAUAUUUUUAUUUCCUAUUACAGAAGCAUAUGAAAAGUUUAAGAGCGAAGAAGAAGCUCAUAUUAUUAAAUGUGAACAAAGUAUCAGUCCUGAUGUUAUUUUUUUUAAACAAACGAUUGAGAAUGCGUGUGGUAUGAUUGCCUUAUUGCAUUCUGUUGCCAGUAAUGAUGAUGAAAUUGUUGGUCCAGGCCUGUUUUAUGACAUUAUUGAACAAGCAAAGAAUAUGACUGUUGAUGAGCGUGUAGAACUUUUAGAGAAUUCAAAGGAAUUAGCAAAUAUACAUCAAUCUGCUGCUAAUGAAGGUCAAACAGAGGCGCCUGAUAGGGAUGAAGAAGUUGACCUUCAUUUCAUUUGUUUUAUUGAAAUUGAUCAGCAUCUUUAUGAAUUGGAUGGUAGAAAGCUAUUUCCUAUUAACCAUGGAAAAUGUACUAAUUUUGUUGAGAGCUCGGUUAAAGUUAUGAAGCAAUAUAUCGCAAGAGAUCCUGAACAAACUAAUUUCAGUGCAAUGGCUUUAUGUAAAACAGAGGAAUAAAAUAUUAAAUAGGAUGGGAGGACCUUGUAAUUAGUUACAAGAAUGUUAUAUAAUUCAUUUUAUCUUUACCAUCAAGUUGGCAGAAUUGUAUUUUCCUUAAUAAACAGAUAUUUAUCAUGUAAUUGAUUUAUUCAAAGUAUGCUAUUGAAUCUACUUCAAUUACUUUUUUAAACAAA